AUGUACGCGCACGCGGGCCAGAUGUCUGGGCUGUCAGGGGCCGGCUUCGGUGAGCUCCCCCUAUAUAGGGCUGACGGGAUCCUCCCGAACUCAUCAAAACAAAAAAAGUCAGAUCCUAAAACUACCCACCCCGGUCUCCACCACCCCCGCACCACCCACCCCGAUCUCCCCAACCCCCGCACCACCCACCCCGAUCCGCCCCCAACCGGCGACCGGAGACAUCGUCGCCGCCGCCCAUCGUUGCCGCUAGCCUCCCACGCACCAAUCCCCGAGGCGCGCCUUCCUCCCCCGCCGCACCCGGCCUUCCUCCCGCCGCCGCUUGCCACCGGCCUCCCUCCCGCCGCCGCUGGCUACCGGCCUCCUCCCGUGGCCCUGCAGCCGCCCUUUUCUCGCGGCCGCGCGCCUUCCCCCCUCUCGUGGACCCGCCGCCGGUCUCCUUCCACGCCCCUGCCCCCAGCCUUCUCCGGCGGGCGCGCGCCGUCCUCCUGUUGUUGCCUCGCCGCCGACUUCCACCGGGAUCCCGUGCCUCCCACGCCGCCGGGCGGGAUCCAGCACCCCGCACCCGACGCCCUGCACCCCAUCUCCGACGCCGUUCACCCACAUAUAGCCUGGCGCCGCUGCUCGCGGCCGGGAUCCGGCGCCCUGCAUCCACAUCCCGGCGAGCCCAAAGCACGCCGCCGGCCUCCUGCCUCCCCACAUCCCAGCGAGCCCAAGCACGCCGCCGGCCUCCUGCCUCCCCACGUCGCUACCUACCCCAACCUCCCUGCUGCCCAGCUGGGUGGAUGCUCGAUGCGGCCCCUGAGCCGUCCAACUGCGACCGUCCUGCAGUCCAACUGCUCGCUCGUGUAG